AUGGUCAGGAACUGGGUGACCCCCAGUGCAUCUGGACACCUUGAGCCACGCCCACAAGGACCGCUGUUCUCACACACCCAGAGUCACAACGGAACACAACAGACUGGGGAGAAAGUUCAGGAACACCUCAUCAGGCUGAGGAGGAAGUCACGGAACACCUCAGCAGGCCAGACUGACGAGGAAGUCUCGGAACACCUCACCAGAACGGAGAGGAAGACCUCGCUAGUUCGGGGAGGAAGUCCCAGUACACUUCAACAGACUAGGGAGAAAUCCCGGAACACCUCAUCAGACUCUAGAAAAAGGCCUGGAACAUCUCACCAGACCAGGGAGGUAGUAUCGGAACCACUCACCAGACCUGGAAGGAUGUACAAAACAUCUCACCAGACCGGCGAGGAAGCCCCAGAACAACUCACCAGACCGGGCAGGAAGUCCCGCAACACCUCACCGGACCUCGCAGGAAGUGUCAGAACGCCUCACCAGCCUAGGGAGGAAGUCCCGGAAGAACUCAUCAAAUUGCAGAGAAAGUCCCGGAACACCUCACCAGACCGGGAAGGAGGUCCCGGAACAACUCACCACGCCGGGCAUGAAGUCUCGGAACACCUCACCAGACUGGGGACGAAGUCCCGGAAGACCUCACCAGACUCUAGAAAAAGUCCUGGAACAUCUCACCAGACCGGGGAGACCACUGAGGAAGUCCCAGAAGAACCCACCAGACUGAGAAGUAAAUCUCGGAAAAACGUACCAGACCGGGCACGAAGUCCCAAAAGUAUUCACCAGACUGACGAGGAAGUCUCGGAACACCUCACCAGAACGGAGAGGAAGUCCAGGAAGACCUCGCUAGUUCGGGAGGAAGUCCCCGAACACCUCAACAGACUGGGGAGAAAUCCCGGAACGUCUGAACAGUCUUGUGACGACGUCCCGGAAACCUCACCAGUCCGGGCAGGAAGUCCCAGAAUAACUCACCAGACUGGGGAGGAGGUCCCGGAACACCUCACUAGACUGGGAUGGGAGCCUUUGAAAAAGACACCAGACUCGGGAAGAAGUAGCGGGACACCUCAUCAGUCAGGGGAGGAAGUCUAUGGACACCUCACCAGACCGGGAAGGAAGUCUCAGAAGAACUCACCAGACUGGAGAGGAAAUCCAGGAACGCAUCCCCAGACCGGGGAGACCGGGAAGGAAGUCUCAGAAGAACUCACCAGACUGGAGAGGAAAUCCCGGAACGCAUCCCCAGACCGGGGAGGUAGUAUCAGAACACCUCAGCAGGCCAGACCGGCGAGGAAGCCCCAGAACAACUCACCAGACCGGGCAGGAAGUCCCGCAACACCUCACAAGACCUCGCAGGAAGUGUCAGAACGCCUCACCAGCCUAGGGAGGAGGUCCCGGAAGAACUCAUCAAAUUGCAGAGAAAGUCCCGGAACACCUCACCAGACCGGGAAGGAGGUCCCGGAACAACUCACCACGCCGGGCAUGAAGUCUCGGAACACCUCACCAUACUGGGGAGGAAGUCCCGGAACACCUCACCAGACUAGAAAAAGUCCUGGAACAUCUCACCAGACCGGGGAGACCACUGAGGAAGUCCCAGAAGAACCCACCAGACUGAGAAGUAAAUCUCGGAAAAACGUACCAGACCGGGCACGAAGUCCCAAAAGUAUUCACCAGACUGACGAGGAAGUCUCGGAACACCUCACCAGAACGGAGAGGAAGUCCAGGAAGACCUCGCUAGUUCGGGAGGAAGUCCCCGAACACCUCAACAGACUGGGGAGAAAUCCCGGAACGUCUGAACAGUCUUGUGACGACGUCCCGGAAACCUCACCAGUCCGGGCAGGAAGUCCCAGAAUAACUCACCAGACUGGGGAGGAGGUCCCGGAACACCUCACUAGACUGGGAUGGGAGCCUUUGAAAAAGACACCAGACUCGGGAGGAAGUAGCGGGACACCUCAUCAGUCAGGGGAGGAAGUCUAUGGACACCUCACCAGACCGGGAAGGAAGUCUCAGAAGAACUCACCAGACUGGAGAGGAAAUCCCGGAACGCAUCCCCAGACCGGGGAGGUAGUAUCAGAACACCUCACCAGACUGGGAAGGAAGUCCCGGAACGUCUGA